AUGCUUCAGCGCCUGGCCAGCCACUGCCCCUUCAGCCUACCAUUCACCCACCCCAGAUUCUUCCUCAGCUUCUAUCCCCCAUUCCACCAUCGCAGAUUAUCCAAACCAACCCCCCCACUCCAACCCCCCACAGCCCUCUCGCAGACCUACUACCCGACAGACGCCUACCAAAGGAAAGCCAUUAAGGGCGCCUACCCGAAGGCCAAGAGGGUCAAGCGAGCCGACACGCCCCUGGUGCUCGGCGCCCCUGGCCCGCUGCUGACCCGACCCCCCGACGUCCGGCAGCAGACGCACCAGACGAUGCAACGCAAGCUGCGGGCCAUCCGGGGACCGGAGGUCACCUACGACCCGGCCGCCGAGCCCCGCCUGGCGGACUUCAUCAUGAACUUCGAGUUCGUCAACACCAACCCGCUGCGCAAGGGCGUGGUCCCUGUGUCCGAGGAGUUCAACGCCGGGUGCACCUGCGACGGGGUGUGCGACGAGGCGACCUGCCUGUGUCUGUCCAAGGAGGAGGAUGAGAGCAACACGAACAUCGUGCCGUACCGGCGCGCCCCGGACGACCCGCACAUGAUGGUGCUGGAUCCGAAGUUCCUGACGCGCAAGGCCAUGAUCUACGAGUGCAGUGACCGGUGUGGGUGCAAUGCGGGGUGCUGGAAUCGCGUCGUCCAGAACGGACGCACCGUGCGGCUGGAGAUUUUCUAUACCGGGGAUCGUGGGUUUGGCCUCCGCUCACCGGACCGUAUCCGCGCCGGCCAAUUCAUCGACUGCUACACCGGCGAAGUGAUCACCACCGCGGCGGCCGAUCUCCGCGAAGCGAUUCACACCGCGCACGGUACAUCCUACCUCUUCAGUCUCGAUUUUCUGAACGGCCAGUACGAAGACUAUGAGGAGGACGCCAGCAGCAGCAGCAGCGACGAAGAUAACGACGAGGACGACCAAGACGACCAAGUUACCGAGUCCGGCUGCAAGUACGUGAUCGACGGGCGUAACUUCGGCGGCCCGACUCGCUUCAUCAACCACUCGUGUAACCCGAACUGCCGCAUGAUCCCAGUCUCCCGCAACCACGCCGAUCGCGACCUGUACGAUCUGGCUUUCUUUGCCCUGCGCGAGAUCCCGCCGAACACGGAAUUGACCUUUGAUUAUAACCCCGGUUCCGAGGGGGGCGGCGGCGUCGGUGGCGGCGUCGUCGGCAAGAACGCUAAGAUCGAUCCCAGCGCGGUGCGGUGUCUUUGCGGCGAGGCGAACUGCCGGGGUCAGUUGUGGCCGAACCAGCGGAAGAAGGGGGUGCGGUGA